AUGACUUUUUCCCAAAAAAUCGAAUUUUCCAACGAAAAAUUUAAGACGCCGUGUAACGGUAAAGCAGCUGAUCUCAUACAUGAAGAUGGCAUACACAUUUUGAUCAAUAUGAACGGUUACACAAAAGGUGCUCGAAAUGAAAUAUUCGCACUUCGACCAGCUCCAAUUCAGGUUAUGUGGCUUGGUUAUCCGAGCACUUCGGGCGCCCCGUUUAUGGAUUACAUGAUCACCGAUGCUGUAACUUCACCGAUGGAUCUUGCUUACGCAUACAGUGAGAAGCUUGCUUACAUGCCGCAUACAUUUUUCAUUGGUGAUCACGCUCAAAUGCUGAAGCAUCUCACGGAGCGAGUCAUCGUUAAGGAAAAGAAUGAUAGAAAUGUAUUGGAAAAGGAAACAGUUACAGUUGUGAAUUCAGUGAAUUUGGAACCACUUUUAGCAAAAGCUGAAGUAAAGGAAAAGAAUGAUAGAAACGUAUUGGAAAAGGAAACAGUUACAGUUGUGAAUUCAGUGAAUUUGGAACCGCUGUUAGCAAAGGCUGAAGUAAAGAAAAUGGUACGAGAAGCGGAAGUAACACAUGGCCCAGAGCGUGACGUGAUCAAAACAGAGGUAGUGCUUCCAGUUAUUGAGGUACCAACAACCGAACCACUGAAACAGAUGAUUGGUUCUGGACUGGUUCGCGCUGAUAUGGAAGGUGUACAAGUUCAAAAUGGUCUUACUACUCUCAGCCAGAAAAUGGUACGAGAAGCGGAAGUAACACAUGGCCCAGAGCGAGACGUGAUCAAAACAGAGGUAGUGCUUCCAGUUAUUGAGGUACCAACAACCGAACCAUUGAAACAGAUGAUUGGUUCUGGACUGGUUCGCGCUGAUAUGGAAGGCGUACAGGUUCAAAAUGGUCUUACUACUCUCAGCCAGACUCAUUUAAAAGGAGCAACAGGUGAAGAGGUGCCACAUGCCAUUCUGAUCACCUCACGUCAGCAGUAUGGAUUACCGGACGAUGCUAUUGUGUUUUGCAAUUUCAAUCAACUUUACAAAAUUGACCCACCAACACUGUCGAUGUGGUGUGAUAUCCUGAAAUUGCUGUACGCGCUUGGUGUACCGGAAUUGGUUGCCAAAGAUCGUGAGGAUUAUGUUCGAAUUGCUGUGAAAUUGGGCACUGAUCGUGAAUAG